UUGGAUAUCGGAAUAGUAAGGUCAGAAUAAUGGUUUUAGUUCUUGGGAUCAGCUUACUGGUGAGUUUGGUGGCCGGUCUGCCAGAGGGUACUCCACGCUGCUCGAGUGCUUCCGACCCUGCUCAACAUCUUCCACAUCCGACCGACUGCGCGCGUUAUCUGACGUGCGUUGGUUCCACUCCAGUCGAGCUGCGCUGCCCGGAUGGGUUGGAGUGGAACACGCGGGGAUCCACCUGUAGCCCACCGGAUGUGGCACAAUGUUCUCUGUCGCAGAAAGUACCAUCCAGUUUACUAAGAUCAGAGCGAGCUCGAAUCGUCGGCAAGUGUCCUCCACAGCUUAGUCGCUGUCCGAUUGCAUGGAAUCCGACAGACGAUGUGGUCUUUAUGACGCAUGGUGACUGCCGGAAGUUCUACGUGUGUAGUCCCGGUGGACCCAUCGAGCUGAGCUGUCCGCAAAGGCUGUACUGGAACCAUGAGGCUUGUCGGUGUGACUAUGGGCGUCCCAGUGAGGCGGAAUGUGUGGUGGACGGACCACAAGCAGGUGAUGCUCCGGAGGCUCACAUCCGGGUGCGAAGGGAGGAGGAUGUGACUACCACGACAGAAAUUCCAGUGCAGGCUUCAGGUGCAACAGUUAAGGGCGUCUCUUCGGUGCUGGUUCUGAUCGUGACCAUGUUGUUGAAUGUUUGAUCCAUCGAUGGCGGAUGCAUGAUCAUUGCGAUUGAUGCU